AUGAUGGCCCCCGCUGAGGACGCUACAAAUGCUCAGAAACCCGAUAAGCUCCCAAAGUUACAUCAAGAGAAGCCGAUCCUCCCAGAUACUAGUGUUCCUAAGAGGCCUAGACUCGCUCCUAAACCCUCUGUCAUCGUAUCUGAGCCCUCUGUCGUCCCUCCAGCACUUACCGAGGACAAAUCAGAUGCUGAUUUUAGUCCUGGUCACGCGCCAGGCUACAUUCAAUGGAGGAGAGCUCCUGUCCUUGAUCUAACCAACGAAACUGAGGAGCAGAAAAGGCACCGACUUAAUAAGAGACACGCCCCAAAGAGUAAACGCGGCAAUCGCUGCAUCGACGACGGUACGAUCGAUCGAAGUCCUGCACUCAUUGGCAAGCCAGAUCCCUCCAAGCUCAUUAUCUGUUUCAAAACAGAAGAGACCGAUGAGUACACGAACGAGAUUAUCAAAAGCGAUGUUAGGCAUGAAUACGAGGAUGACGAAAAGGGUGUAAAAGUGGAUUGGGACAACUCCAAGUCUAUCCAAGCGCUCAACAAUUGGCGCAGUCAGGUCAUUCGAAGAGCAAUCGGUAAAGCCUAUGAUAGUAAGGAGUUUUGGACCGUACAAGAACAAAAGAUCAUCACUGGAAUAGUUCUCGAUUACCUCAAUGCUGGAAAAGAUAUCGACUGGCGUCAGAUUGCCCAUGAGUACAAUUCCUUGACCCGAGAUAUCGCGCAGGAUGAAGGUACACCUGGUGCUACUCGUCGCUAUCGCUGCCAGGGUAAUGAUAAGGCUCCGCGAGAAGCUAUAACUAUCUCUAUGCCGCUUCGGGAGCACCGUUAUAUCCCUCAGCGCAGCGAAUGGGUUCUCCGACGAGAGAUGGGUUACUUCCUUGCGCCUGAUGCAAUCGCAGCCAUGAAUAGACUAAGAAGUAGUUCGCGUCCUGAGCGGAACGGUCACCCACCAGUCAGGUCCAAUCAGGAGGAGAAGCAAGUUACUAGGCAAGCCAAAGGUGAGGCAGUUACUCAAGAGUCCUCCGAGCAAGAAGACUCGUUCAUCUCAUCUACAUACGAUAACGAUCGGUCCAUCCUCAACUCUCCUUUUGAAACAACUCCAGAUCCCCCAUCUCUUCCCCUCACACAUCCUCGACCACUUCAACCUCGCCCGGUAGUUAUCCCUCAACCUAUAGCAGAGCCUCCUCCUCGUCGUUACAAGAAGCGCACUGUUUAUAACGAAGAGAUCGUUUACGAUGAACCAUCUAGCGAGUUGAACCGUCCUCCAAUUAGCUCCAGCGCCAUACAAACAAUGGGCGGUAGACAACAAGCCCUCGAUACUUUGGCUGAGCAGGCUACUAUCAUGUAUAAUCACCUGCCCGAAACAAAGAAAUGGACUGCUCCACGACCUAUUGCACCUGCUCUCAUUAACUUUAGACCAUCUUUUGCGGCAUCCGAUCCUUCUCGCUCUAUUUCUUUCGAACAAAUAACGUCUUCUCCAGCAGCUUCUCUUAACGAUGAAUCUCCCGUACGAGCCUCUGCUGCCCGUACGCUUUCUGCAAACCUAACUCAAAGACGAAAGCUUCCCUCAGGCCGUGGUCAACAUCCUGUCUCUUCUCCUUCCACUCCAUAUGCUCCGCCUGCUGGUGCAACGAUGGUACCUAUUUUGGCAGUCCACCGCCGAUUACAAGAUGAGGCUGCAGUCAAGGCUGCGGUAGACGCUGCUGAUGCUGCUGAUGCCAAUGCCAAGAAGUCAGCUCCUUCUGAGCCAAUUCUCGAGCUUUAA